UACAAAACAUUACAAGAAUAACUUUUUUCAGUAAAUCUAAUAACAAAUCCAUUGACACCCCAUUUGUUAAGAUUGAACAGAAAAAUAAGGAUCAGUCCACAUUCAUAAGAAGAGAUCAUGAUUUCACUUCUUGCUGUAGGCUAGACAUUUGCAGAGACAGAAAGUUGUUUGACCUUUACAUGUUAAAGUGCUCAGAUAAGAGCUUUGGUGAAAGAGAGUGAAAGUGGUCAGAAGUCCCUUCUUUUUCUAUCACACACAGAGCUACAAGCCAAGCAUGUUAGAGUAUAGUGAAAGUGGGUCAAACAGCUUCCAGCUACUUGGUUGGAGAAAGUUGUCUGUGAAAGUGGCAGAAAUCCCUCCUCUUACAAACUAUAAAAGCUGAUUUCUAGUCUGAAAUUAUUCACACUGUAUUCAAGGAAGCAGUUGGUGGUGUGCAUACAUACUACAGCAAACAUCUUUGUGCAUAAGUCUUCUACCUUCCAAGUUAGAAACAUGAAGGAGUCCAGGAGAUUGUAAUCUAUUCUCAGUUCAAUACUUCACUACCAGGAUAUCACCAAGACAAAAAAAUCUGGGAAUGUCACACUCAUCUCCAUACAUCAUCAUAUUAUGGUAGAAAGGUAUUUCAAUAAGACUAAUUAAUAUUGAGUUUAGUUUAGUUUUUUAUGUAUAUUAAAAAACAUAUAUAAAAAUGUAUAUUACAGAGAGAGGUAUAAAUGGAAACUGUUUGCGUUUUAGAUAAUUUUGAAAUUAUUGAUCCUAUAUUGAUAUUUCAAAACUUAAAACCAAUUGUACUUGAUAUCUGUUUAAAAGAAGCUGAAAAAUUUAAUAAUAAUAUAAAAUGGUAUGUUGCUCUCAAAUUGAAGCUGAAGAAAUUAGUUGCAGAUCAUGAAAUGAAUACUACACAAACAUUUCAUGGGAUAGCACAAACAAUUCUACAAAUUCAAGAUAAUAUAAAAGAGUUUAGUGUUCAAUGGGAUGAAGCAGAAGGUAUUAUAUGGAAUAAAAUAGAUAAAUUUAUACAAUAUGGUAGUGGUUGGGUGAUUAAUUCAAUUGAAUGUUCUGAUUUGAAUAUUGUUUGCUACAAACCAAUAUAUUCCGGAACAUAUGUACCAACUCCCAAAAAGCUUGAUAAUAAGAAAUCAACCAUUAAUAUAAAAAAUGAGGAUCAAAGGUGCUUCUUAUGGUCAGUACUAGCAUACUUCAAUCAAGAUCAAAAACACAAUAGAGUAAGAGAUUUAGAAAAAUACUUACAUUUAGUUAAUGUUGAGAAUUUGGAAUUCCCUCUAAAAAUAGAAGACAUUCCAAAAUUAGAGAGUUUGAAUGUAGAUAUUUGUAUAAAUGUUUAUGAUUAUGCAGAAGAGAGUGACACUAUCUCCCCACUCCAUGUAUCUGAAUAUCAAAGUAGAUUGCAUAAAAAAAAUUUAAUCUUGCUAGAGGAUAAACAUUUCAUUUAUAUAAGGAAUCUUUCAAGACUAACUCUUGCAAAUGCAGCUAGUUUGUACAUUCCAACUCCAAAUAGACUUGCUAAUAAGAAAGCAACUGUCAACAUACUCAAUGAUGAUCAGAAAUCAUUCUUAUGGUCAGUACUAUCAUUCUUCAAUGAAGAUCAAAGGAACAAUAGAGUUACGGACCUACAAAAAUAUUCACAUUUAGUCAAUGUUGAGAAUUUGGAAUUCCCUGUAAAAAUAGAAAAAAUUCCAAAGUUUGAGAGUUUUAAUGAAGAUAUUUGUAUUAAUGUGUUGAGUUAUGAGGAUGAGAAGGAUAUUAUAUAUCCCAUAUCUACAUCAAAGAAUAGAGGAAGGAAGCAUACAAUAACUCUUUUUUUCCUAAAAAAAAUAGCAUUAUAUUCUAGUGAAGAAUUUGUCAAGAUUGUUGUCUGAUCAAACAGAACAUCAUGGAAAAGUUGAGAUAUGUCCCUAUUGUUUACAUAGAUUCACAACGACAAAUGCUCUUGCUAAUUUAGAAAAACAUCUAGAAUUAUGUUCAUUGAAUAAAUGUCAAAGAGUUAGAAUGCCACAAGAGGGGGAGAUUUUGAAAUUCUCAAAUUAUAGUUACACUCUCAAAGUUCCAUACAUUAUAUAUGCAGUAAUUUUCCACAAUCCAACUGGAUAUGAUAUGCAUUUCAUUUUGAAAUAUCUUAGUAAUUAUAGAAAAAAAUUAGCACUAUUGCAAAAAGUAGUGAAAAAAUAAUGACAAUGACAUUGAAUAACACAUUAAGAUUUAUAGACUCAUUGAAUUAUCUACAUUCUUCUCUUGAUAAAUUAGUUGCUAUACAUCCUGAGUUCAAGUUACUUCAACAACAUUUCCCUCCAAAUAAAAUUGAUCUACUAAGAAAAACCAAUUGUAUCUAUAUGAAUAUAUGAACAAUUUUCAAAAAUUCCUUGAAACCAAAUUGCCAACUAUUGAUAAGUUUUAUAGUUCUAUAGGUGACAAAAAUGCAACUGUAGAAGAGUAUGAGCAUGCAAAAACGGUAUGGGGAGUUUUCAAAAUAGAGAUUCUUGCACAAUUCCAUGAUUUUUAUUUGAAAAUAGAUAUUCUUCUCCUUGCUGAUAUUUUUGAAAACUUUAGGAAAAUGUUCAUGAAUACAUACAACAUGGAUGUAGCACAUUGCUACUCUCUCCCUCACUUUUCCUGGUCUGCUUUGUUGAAAUAUACAAAAGUAGAAUUGCAAUUAAUUUCUGAUCCUGAUCAGUAUUUAUUCUUUGAAAAAGGAAUUAGGGGCAGAAUUAGUAUUAUUCCACACUGCUAUGCAAAAGCCAAUAAUAGAUAUAUGAAUGAUUUCAAGAUAAAUGAGCCAAAAACAUAUAUUAUCUAUUGGGACUGUAAUAAUCUUUAUGCUGUGGGAAUGAGUUGUAAUCUACCACAUUCAAAUUUUGAAUGGAUGACAGAAGCAGAAAUUCAAGAAUUCGAUGUAGAACAAGAUCAAAGUAAUGUAGGAUAUGUAUUGGAAGUAGGUCUUGAAUAGGUACCCAAGACAUCUUCAUAACAGUCAUGAUGACUAUCCUUUAGCACCGGUGAAAGCAUCAAAUGGAAAAACUGAAAAGUUGUUGACUACUUUGAAAGAUAGAGAGAAAUACAUAAUAGAUAUUAAUAAUUUGAAACUAUACCUAAGACUUGGCAUGAAGCUCAAGAAAAUCCAUAGAGGAAUUAAAUUUCUACAAUCUAAAUGGUUGGAACCAUUUAUAAACUUGAAUACUCAAUUAAGAAGAAAUGCACAUAAUGACUUUGAAUGUAAUCUUUAUAAACUAAUGAAUAAUAGUAGGCCUAUAUAUAGACAAACUUUAAUGAAUGUGAAAAAAACAUUCUGAUUUUGAAAUUGUAACUAAUGAAAAAAACCUACACAAACUCAUUUCAAAACCAAGAACUAAAAACUGGCAUUUAUAUGGAGAAAAUGUUGUUGGAGUAACUUUAAAUAAAGUUGAGAUAGUGUUAAAUAAACCAAUUUAUGUUGGAAUGGUAAUUCUAGAGGAUUUCCAUUAUAACCAUAUUAAAAAAAUAUUUCUGAAUGAAUGUAAAGUUUUAAUGUCAGAUACAGAUAGUUUCAUGUAUUCAAUAGAGUAUGAUGACAUUUAUGAAAAGAUUAAGAUACAUGGAGAUAUAUUUGACACAUCAAACUAUAAAAGAAAUCAUAUGUGUUAUAGUGAUAAAUAUAAUAAAAUUAUAGGGAAAUUUAAAGAUGAGCAGGGAGGGCUAAUAAUAUCUGAAUUUGUUGGUUUGAAACCGAAAAUAUAUUCAUUCAUAUUAUCUGAUAAUACAGAAGAAGGUAGCAAAGGGUAUAACAAAAAGUGCUCAGGAAAAGCAAUUAAGUUUCAAACUAUAUAAAGAUUGCUUAUUUCAGGGAAAGGCAAAAAUUGUAAAGUUUCAUUCAAUUGAAAGUAAUCUUCACACAGUAACUAUUGUGAAAAGAGAGAAGUUAGUCACAACAUGAUAAUAAAAGAUUUUUGGAAAAUGAUGGGAUAAGUACCUUGGCUUUUGGACAUAAAGAUUUAGAGAGUAGGAAGAGGAAACAUGUUGAUGAUGAUCAUUGAGAAAGUAUUAUCUCUUCUAUAUGAAAAAAAUGAAUUUCUAGAUUCUAUAUCAAUACAAUUUUUUUAGCUCUAAGAUUCUUUGUUAUUUUAGAAUAUAAGAUUUUUCUACUUCAACUUUUGAUUUUUAUCAGUGAAUAUUGUUGUAUAAUUUGUAUAUAAUAAUUAAUUUGAGCUUGUUUAUGAUAUCAAGUAAUACAAAGACAUUGUAUGAUUUUUUCUUGAAUAAUCUAAUAAUUAGAAUCAAUGAAUUCAUUAUGCUUGUUGUGUAGUUGAGAAGUUGAUAUUGUGGUAAUUAUUCAUAUUGAAUGAAAAAGACUGAGAAAUUGUCAAAAACCACUGAUUUAUUGAUAAUUAGAAAGACCGGUU